AUGAACUUGUUAUCACCAGAUAAAAGGAAAGUACAGUCAGCUGUUGAGGAUAAUGAGGAGGACAUUAAUCCAAAAAGAGGACGUGGGCGCCCCCGCAAGAUGGACAAGCCUGAAAAAAUCAAAGUACCUGGCAGAGGGUCUUGGUGUCCUCCCAGAAUUGACAGUCCAGAAAAGUUAGCUAAUGUAAUGUCUGAAUCAGAUGAAAUAAACAAGGAAAAGAAAUCUGAGGAGGUUAAACAAAAUGGCAGAGGUUGUGGGUGUCCUCGAACAUAUAACACAGCUAAAAGUAUGGGCUUGAAGUCACCAGAAAAAGAGAAAGAAGAAUCAAUAGAAGAGGAGGAGGGAGACUUUAAACUAAAGAGAGGUCGAGGACGUCCUCCCAAAAUAAACAGGGAGCCAGAAAAAAUCAAAGUACAGGGCAGAGGACGUGGGCGCCCUCCAAAAUCUACAAUGUCAAAUACCAUGAGCUUGACAUCAGCAGCAAAUGCUUCAGAUGAUGAAGUCAUUCCAAGUAGCAGAAGUCCUUCUAAUAGUCACUCACCAAGCAGCUUGUUAUUGCCAACAGAAAAUAAACUAGAAUACUCAGAAGAAGAGAAAGAAGAAGGGGAGAAGGACGUUAAUCCAAAGAGAGGGCGAGGUCGUCCUCCCAAAAUGAACAGGAAGCCAGAAAAAAUCAGAGUACCUGGCAGAGGACGUGGCCGUCCCCACAAAUCUCCAGAUAACAGCACAGAUUUGUUAUCGCCAAUGAAAAAGAAUGGGGAAUCGGAAAAGGAAUUGGAGGAAAUGGAUGAGGAGGACAAUCAGCUAAAGAGGAGUCGUGGACGUCCUCGAAGAAUGAACAAGACGCCAGAUAAGAUAACAGUACCUGGGAGAGACAGAGGACGUCCCCCAAAAUCUGAAAAGUCAAAUAGGAAUAGAGGAGAAAAUGAGACAUCUGAAGGGGAAGAACCAAAGGAAAAUGGGAUAAGGGAGGACCCUGGGGAGGAAAAUCAGACUCACAAGAAUAGAGGAAGGGGAAGACCUGGCUUAGUGGACAAAGUGUCUAUCAACUUAAGGAAAAGUCCAUUAUAUUCAGCAGCAAAUAGCAAAGAAUCAGAUGUUGAGGACUCGAGUGAGGACUCCGGUGAUAGCUGGGACAGUGGAUCUGAGAUGGAGGACAAAGAGGACACAGACUGGGAUAUCUCACAAGCAAAUUAUAUACAAAAACCAGUUAAAAAGGGCAGUAGAAAAUCACCGCGGAAGGUGAAAAGAGGAAGAGGAAGACCCCGCACAGUGAACAAAAUUCCAAUCAGUCCACAAAGAAGAGCAAUGAAGUCCAUAGUACAUCAAGAAGAAUCAGAUGUUGAGGACUCUAGUGAGGACUCCAGUGAUAGCUGGGACAGUGGAUCUGAGAAGGAGGACAAAGAGGACACAGACUGGGAAAUGUCAGAUGAGAAUUGUGUAAGAAUUAAAAAACAAAAACAAAUGAAAAGAGGCACUUGGAAGUCCCCUCGAGAUGUAAACAAGCCAGGAAAAAGAAAAAGGUACACAUCAGCUUUUUCAAGUGAUGAUGAUGAGGGGGAGGAAGACUUUGAGCCUGGUACAACCUGUAAAAUAACUAGCCUGUCCGCCAGCCAAAAGACAAAUUUGGAAGUCAAAGAGGGAGAAUCAGGGAAUGGAAGAACAUCCCAGAAGUCCCUCAAGAGAGGUCGUGGAAGACCUCCUAAACUGCAUAAAAAGAUUGAGGAAAAUGUGAAGGAGGAAGAAAGGCUGAAUUCUAAUGGUGAAGAGAAUUUAAAAGACAGAGAUUCAGAGAUUGGAAGUCCGUCCCCAAAAUCUCUCAAGAGAGGUCGUGGAAGACCUCCCAAACUGCAUAAAAAGGCAGAUUUGAAAGAAAGAGAAAGAGAUGAAAACAUGCAGGAGAAAGAAAGUUUAAAUUCAAGGGAAGAAGAGUGCUCAAAAAAUGUAGAUUCAGAAAAUAAAAGUUUAUCCCCAAAAUCUCUCAAGAGAGGCCGUGGAAGACCUCCCAAAUUGCAUAAAAAGACAGAUUUGACAGAAAGAGGAAACGAUCAAAACACUGAGGAAGAAAAAAGGAUGAAUUCAAACGAAGAAGAGCAUUCAAAAGAUGGAGAUUUAGAAAAUGGAAGUCCGCCCCAAAAAUCACUCAAGAGAGGUCGUGAAGGACAUGAAGACCUCCUAAAGCAAAUAGACAGAUCUGAUGCAACAGAGGAAGAAGAAAACAUGAAGGAGGAAGAAAAACUGCAUUCCAAUGAGAAAAGAAUGUACAUAUAA